AUGAUCGUGAUGCUUGCCCAGGCCACAGUCAUGUCAUCCGUUUCGACGACACCGCUCGAUCCCAAAGUCUCCGCGAUCCUCGAUCAGAAGAACCCGGCAGACAAUCCAGACGACCUCGACGAGGACGCCCUCUUCGAGGCCCUCGAGAAAGAAGACGAUUCCGCCUACCGCGCGCAUCGGAUCGAGCAGCUCCAAAGCGAACUAGCAUCCGCGAAAGAAGCCCUCCUGCGCAAUUCAUCUUCUGGGACCAACCCCGCUCAGGCCUUGUAUCCCACCCUCCCCGAUGACCAGACCCUUCUGGAUCUGACCACGAACUCUUCGCGGUGUGUGGUACACUUCUCGCAUCCGGACUUUGCGCGCUGCAGUGUUAUGGACGAGCAUCUUCGGAUACUGGCGUCGCGGCAUUAUGAGGUCCGAUUUGCCCGUGUCGAUGUGCGCAACUGUCCUUUUGUCGUCGAGAAGCUCAACAUCCGCGUUCUGCCGUGCGUAAUUGGGUUUAUUGACGGCAUCACCAAGGAGCGGAUUGUAGGUUUCGAGGGUCUUGGUGGCGGCCAGCGAGAUGGGGUCGACGGAUUUCAAACAUCAGAGUUAGAGAAGAGACUCUUAAGGAACGGCGUCCUUGUUAGAGAAAAGCUGAGCCAUGGAGGUGGUGGAGGGCGGCAUAACCAAAGUAGCGACAGUGAAGACGACAAGGAAAGAGGGCGAGGGAUUCGCAGCGGAAAUGCUAGGAAUAAGAAUACAAACAAGACUGACGAUGAUGACGAUGAAGAUGACUGGGACUGA